GGCGGGGCUCGGCAGCCGCGAUCUCAGCGCGGCGGUUAGCCCCGCUGAGUCCCAGGGGCUGCAGGUAGGAGGGGCCGGGAGAAAGGACGGUGGUGCACAACCGGAAGGAACGUAGGGCUCCGCCGCCUCGGCUUGUCCUAAUUUGGUGCUCAACUUAAGGUCAGGCUGUACUAUUGCAUGGCUGGGGAGAGGAUGCGGCAAAGGCUACAAAACUCGAAGGCACGAGCGAGAGAUACACGGACACCUGAAAAAUCUCGAGUAGAAACAUGCUACUUUAGGACUUAAAAAUUACCAAAAUAAUCCUAGCAUGAAAAUUUCCUGGAGGGACAACGGUGCCUAGGCUCGCUCUCCCCUGUUCGAAACAUAGAUGGAACCGCCCGGAAGUCCGGGCGGAGACUGCGGCUGCGCUUCUGGCGAAAGGGCAGGAGUCGCGGGGCUGGACACUUCCGUACUUCCGCUUUCCGGCCCGGCCAGCGCCCGCGAUGACUGCCACUCUCCGCCCCUACCUGAGUGCCGUGCGGGCCACGCUGCAGGCUGCCCUCUGCCUGGAGAACUUUUCCUCCCAGGUCGUGGAACGACACAACAAGCCGGAGGUGGAAGUCAGGAGUAGCAAAGAGCUCCUAUUACAACCCGUUACCAUCAGCAGGAAUGAGAAGGAAAAGGUUCUGAUUGAGGGCUCCAUCAAUUCUGUCCGGGUCAGCAUUGCUGUGAAACAGGCUGAUGAGAUCGAGAAGAUUUUAUGCCAUAAAUUCAUGCGUUUUAUGAUGAUGCGAGCAGAGAACUUCUUUAUCCUUCGAAGGAAACCAGUGGAGGGCUAUGACAUCAGCUUUCUUAUCACCAACUUCCACACGGAGCAGAUGUACAAACACAAGUUGGUGGACUUUGUGAUCCACUUCAUGGAGGAGAUCGACAAGGAGAUCAGUGAGAUGAAGCUGUCAGUCAAUGCCCGUGCACGCAUAGUGGCUGAGGAGUUCCUCAAGAAUUUUUAAACCAUCUGGCUGGAUCUUGUGGCCUUCCCCCUCAGCCUCCCCUGUGUGUGUCUCUGCGAAGGCGUCCUGGAGUCACUUCCCAGAGCGGCGGCGGCAGCAGCAGGGAACUGGGUUGGGUGGGCACUAGAUGCGGGAGGGGGGUGGUGUGCUUGCUAGCUGGGCAAGAAAGCAGCAGUGGACCUUCCCCAAGGCCACACGUGCCUGGUCAGGCUGGCUUCUGAUGUUCAGUCCCCUGGGCCGGGACAGAUUUUUUUUAAUGUCCUGAAACUUAAACUCUGUGCUUGUAGGAGACUGUAACCUUUUUGUCUUUUUUUUUUUUUUUUUUUUUUUAAAAACAAAUAACCUCCACCUCCAGUGGCUGUGACUGGUCCCAGUGAUUGUACGUUAUUGGUCGCUGUGGGUCUGGGCGGGCCUGGAGCCAGAAGGCGACUAUUUUUUUCUCCCCCACGCCACCCUAGGUGGGGAGAGAGGGAGGCUUCAGACUCUAGUUUCUCUCCCUUGCUCUUUUAUUCCCAAGCCUCCUUGGGCCUAGUAGAAGGACCCUCUGCCAGUUCCUGAGCUCUGCCUGGAGAUGGCCACCCAGCACUGGUUGGGGACAAGGGCUGAAUCCAUGAUUACCAGCCAUGCCUAGGAGCUGGGGCCCCAAAUCCAGGCAACUUCUGGCUGCAGGGACCAUUUGGUGCCCUCCACAGCUGAGAGGCACCACUAUCUCGCCUUUUCUGUCAGUGCAGUGCCUGUGUGCUAGAGUUGGAGAGGUGAGUCCUCCAGAGCUUCCUGGCCGGUUUUCCCGCCUACUCUGGCUCCUCUGCUCCCGUGCUCGCUGUCUCUUUUCUGAUUCGGUGGAUCCUCCCUCCCCUAAUUAAAGUCUCUUCCUGCCCCUUUGGGGCUGCAUGAGGUCU